CACAUCACAAAGCUGUUCUCGCCAGGAAGCUGGUCCUGCCAAAGCCUCACCAAGAUGUCGUGCUACCUACAUCAGUGCCUUCCUCUGGUCUACCAGGAACCCAUCCCCAACAAGUGCCCGCUGAUGUAUGCUGCCAAAUGCCUGCCAGUGCCUACCUGGCACUCGACACUGUUCACCCCACAGUAUGUAACCCCCUGUGUCCCCCAGCAGCGGAUCAGGUCCUCCAGCUUCUCCCAACAGCAGUGUGUGACCCAGUGUGUGCCACGGCAGCAGUAUGCAACCAAGUGUGUGCCGCAGCAGCAGUGUGUGACCCAGUGCAUCCUAAAGCAGCCAUGUGUAACUCGGUGUGUGACAACUUGCGUGCCGCAGCAACAGUGUGCGACCAAGGGUGUGUCGCAGCAGCCUUGUGUGAUGAAGUGUGUGCUGCAGCAGCAGUGUGCAACCAAAGGUGUGCCACAACAGUGUGUGACCAAGUGCAUGACCGCCUAUGCCCCCCAGCAGCAGAGCGCGACCAAGUGCAUCCCGCAGCAGCAGUGUGCAACCAGGUGCGUGACCACGUGUGUGCCACAGCAGCCGUACCUGGCCAAGGGCAUCCCGCAGCAGCAGUGUGCGACCAAGUGUAUCCCGCAGCAGUGUGUGACCACGUACACCCCGCAGCAGCAGUGUGCGACCAGGUGUGUCACCACGUGUGUCCCACAGCAGUGUGCGACCAAGUGUGUCUCGCACCAGUUUGUGACCUCUUGUGCCCCGCAGCAGUGUGCCACCAUGUACGUCCCACAGCAGUGUGCAACCAGGUGUGUGACCAAGUGUGUCCCGGAGCAGUGUGACACCAAGGGUGCUACCAUUUGUGUCCCACAGCAGUGUGACACCAAGGGUGCUACCAUUUGUGUCCCACAGCAGUGUGAGACAACUUGUGUCCUGCAGCAGCAGUGUGACACCAAGGGUGUCCCACAGCAGCAGUGUGUGACCAAGUGUGUCCCACAGCAGCAGUGUGCAACCAAGGGUGUCCCACAGCACUGUGCGACCAAAUGCGUCCCACAGCAGCAGUGUGCGACCAAGGGUGUCCCACAGCAGCAGUGUGCAACCAAGGGUGUCCUGCAGCAGUGUGCGACCAAGUGUGUCCCACAGCAGCAGUGUGUGACCAAAUGUGUCCCACAGCAGCAGUGUGUGACCAAGUGUGUCCCACAGCAGCAGUGUGCGACCAAGGGUGUCCCACAGCAGCAGUGUGCAACCAAGGGUGUCCUGCAGCAGUGUGCGACCAAAUGUGUCCCACAGCAGCAGUGUGUGACCAAAUGUGUCCCACAGCAGCAGCGUGCCACCAAGUGUGUCCCACAGCAGCAGUGUGCGACCAAGGGUGUCCCACAGCAGCAGUGUGCGACCAAAUGUGUCCCACAGCAGCAGUGUGCCACCAAGUGUGUCCCACAGCAGCCAUGUGCAACCAAAUGUGUCCUGCAGCAAUGUCAGUUAGGUGGAGUAAAAACUUCAAGUCACUCUAAAAAGUACUGUUCCGUGUCCAAAUGGCCCUGGUAAAAAGGAGUGGGGGAAAGGAUGGUCCACAGAAAAAGAGCGAGGUACAGCUUUGGGGCAGGGGUUAUUUAUCUCCUCGUACCACCUGCCAACUAGUUCCUAUUGCUUAAGUCUGCUUUAUCUCUGUUUUCCAGUAUUUCCCCUGUAGCUCAGCUCUGUUUUGGGCCAGGGUGCAAUAUUAUUUCCAUGGCUGCACUCCAGGUACCUGUGGCUUGUAAGCCUACCUGGAGUAGGCUUAAUCUGCUACAAGGCAUAGUUUAGUGGGAUGCUAUUAAAUUCUCACCUAGUUGAAAUGAAUAGUGAUUUUUAAAAAAAUUUAAAAAAAAAAGAAGAAAUAGAAAUGUCUAAGGAGUCCAAAUCAUGACAGAAUCAAAAGGACUGGCAGUGCGGCCGGCAGAGGACUGUUCUGUGCCUGGCUCUGGGUUUAGUCCUGGCACUGGGAGACAAUGUUCAGGCUAACCUGGAUUCCAUGAGGCUGCGAGUUCUCCGAAACAGCUGUUUUCACUCACAGAUUUGGAAGCCAAACGUAAAUUUGCUAAGCAAACCGUAUACGAACCUUACUCCAAUGGCCUUCAUUUCAGAAGGUGGCCAGAAAUUUCUGCUGCUUUAAACCACUGACUCUGCGCUGACUUCAGUAGAGUCUCCAGACAAGACAGGAUUUCUGGCUUGGUGAAGUUGAUCCUUGCUGAGAUUUUAUACAUGAAAGUUUUUAUUCACUUGGUUGCUUUAAUUAAUAUUGAAAAUAUGACUUGAAACUAAAGAAAGUCUUUGAAAUAACGCUGAAAGUUGUAGCACGACUAUUUUAUAAAUGUUUGAGCUAUAAAAGCAAUUAACUAUAUUCUUUACGCUGCCUGAAGAUGUGUACUCUACACUGUACUGAAAACAAACCAUAUAUAUAUAUGUAUGCUUAUAUUAUACAUACAUAUAUACUUAAAUAAA